UCUCUCAGACCCAGCAGUCCGGACUUCUAGCCCACCCUGCUCUGAGGUCCCUCUGGGUGGGUCAGGGGAACGUUGCUGAACUCUGUGUUCCUCCAGGCCCAGAUGGGGGAACCCCGGGCUGGGGCCCCCCUGGACGAUGGCAGCGGCUGGACAGGAAGUGAGGAAGGAAGCGAGGAGGGCACUGGCGGCAGUGAGGGGGCGGGGGGAGACGGGGGCCCAGACGCAGAGGGUGUCUGGAGUCCAGACAUCGAGCAGAGCUUCCAGGAGGCCCUGGCCAUCUACCCACCCUGUGGCCGGCGGAAAAUCAUCCUGUCCGAUGAAGGCAAGAUGUAUGGUCGGAAUGAACUGAUUGCCCGCUACAUCAAGCUGAGAACAGGGAAGACUCGAACUCGCAAACAGGUCUCUAGUCAUAUCCAGGUUUUGGCCCGAAGGAAAUCGAGGGAAAUCCAGUCCAAGCUCAAGGACUUGGGGACCACUACUUCCUGUUCUUUUUGUGCCCAGAAGCCUCCCCAACCUUUUUCUGACCAGGUUUCCAAGGACAAGGCUUUCCAGACAAUGGCCACCAUGUCCUCAGCCCAGCUCAUCUCAGCACCUUCCCUGCAGGCCAAACUUGGUCCUGCCGGUCCUCAGGCCCCAGAGCUUUUCCAGUUUUGGUCGGGGGGCUCUGGGCCCCCCUGGAAUGUUCCAGAUGUGAAGCCAUUCUCACAGACACCGUUCUCCUUGUCACUGACUCCUCCAUCUACUGACCUCCCAGGGUACGAGCCCCCCCAAGCCCUCUCACCUCCUGCUUUGCCCCCACCUGCCCCAUCACCCCCAGCCUGGCAGGCUCGGGCUCUGGGCACUGCUCGGUUGCAGCUGGUGGAGUUCUCAGCCUUUGUGGAACCUCCGGAUGCAGCUGACUCUUACCAGAGACACCUGUUUGUACACAUCAGCCAGCACUGCCCCAGCCCCGGAGCACCCCCCCUCGAGAGUGUGGACGUCCGGCAGAUCUAUGACAAAUUCCCUGAGAAGAAGGGUGGUCUGCGGGAGCUGUAUGAUCGUGGGCCCCCCCACGCCUUCUUCCUGGUCAAGUUCUGGGCGGACCUGAACUGGGGCCCGAGUGGCGAGGAGGUGGGGGCCGGCGGUAGCAGUGGUGGCUUCUAUGGAGUGAGCAGCCAGUACGAGAGCCUGGAGCACAUGACCCUCACCUGUUCCUCCAAGGUCUGCUCCUUUGGCAAGCAGGUGGUGGAGAAGGUGGAGACGGAGCGUGCCCAGCUGGAGGACGGGAGGUUCGUGUACCGCCUGCUGCGCUCACCCAUGUGUGAGUACCUGGUGAAUUUUCUGCACAAGCUGCGGCAGCUGCCCGAGCGCUAUAUGAUGAACAGCGUCCUGGAGAACUUCACCAUCCUCCAGGUGGUGACAAACAGAGACACCCAGGAACUGCUGCUCUGCACCGCUUAUGUCUUCGAGGUCUCCACCAGUGAGCGGGGGGCCCAGCACCACAUUUACCGCCUGGUCAGGGACUGAAGGGGGACCCCAGAAGCGGCUCACCCCCGGAAUAGCCUCCUCCCAGGAAGGACCUCCAGCUUUCCUCACGCUUCUUACUUGGGCGGGGUGGGUGGGCUGCUCCCUCUUAGGACCUUAAAAGCUCGGUGGUGAGUUGAAUGGGCUGGGACUGAGAGCAAAGGAUGGAUCCCGAUCUUGGGACCUCACAGGGGUGUCUGAAAGGACAGAUCACUCCGGAGCAUUUGACACUGGGGACAGGAGUGAGACAACCCCUGGGACAGCACUGGUUUCUGUCUCUGACAGGCAUACCUCCCCCUUCUCUGUUUUGGAUGUUUUGGAGGGCCCCAGUUACACAUUGGCUUGUCCCUCUCUGUUUUUCAGCACCCCCCCUUCUUCCCAAUCUGCCUCUCCUUACCAGCCCCAUCCCGGGACCCUGAUAUUGAAUUUUGAAGGUUAACCCUUUCUGUGCAGGAGUAGAGCCAGGUGGGCCCUGGAAAUAUUUUUUUUUUUUUUAAUAUAACAAGAGAUAUUUAUAAGUGGGUGUUAGGGUCGUGACUUUUUCUCAGCUGGGCAAGCAGUGGGGUGAGGCUUUUAAAUCUCAUGUCCUCUUCUAAAUGAGCCGUGGGGCUAGACUGUGUUGCCUCCUUCUCCUCCCCUCCCCCCAAAGUGUGUUGGUUUGUGUUUUGACAGAGGAUAAAGCUAUUUU